AUGUCGAAGAAGUCGGAGGUCUCGGAGAAAUCGGAGGAGUCUCCGUCGCCGUCGCCGCCGUCGCCGCCGUCGUCCCGGCGGCGGUACUACUGGCUGCUGGUGCGGGCGGACAGCUCUGGGGCGGCGCUGGACGACGUGACCCCCCUGGUUGACGCCAGGGGGGACGACCGUUUCGUAACGGUUACGCUGACGGACGCCGGCGAAAAGUACGCGCUGCUGGUGCAGCAGGUCGAGGGGGACGGGGGGACGGUGGUCGCCGAGCAGCGAGUCACGAUCGCGUGCAAGUACGUUCGCCGGGAGCUGAGGGGCCUGACGAUGGCGGAUCGAACCGGGUUCUUCGCGGCGAUGCGGGAGUUGUACACGGUCUCGCUGGAGGAGGGGAGGGCGUUGUACGGGGAUGGGUUCUACGACGCCAAGCAUAUGGCCGCGUACCACAACACGAGGGACUACUGCUUCCACAACGGGAUGCACUUCCUGAACGCUCACGCCGCCUUCGACCUUUGGAUCGAGAGCAACCUCCAGAAGAUCAACCCAAAGGUGUCGCUCCCCCAGUGGGACUACAUGCUGGACGCCGCACACCUCGGGACCGGGUGGGGGGACAGCGAAAUCUUCGGCCCGGAUAUGUUCGGAUCGGCGUUGGGAUCUCCGGAGAACCAGUUCCAGAUCUCCGACGGCUGGUUCUCCAACAUCUCGUCCGUGUACGACCCGGCCGGUGACCUGCUGAGCGCAGACGCGGACAUCAGCACGAAUCAUAACCCUUACGGCUUCGUCGGCAGCACGUACAACUACCAGGCGCUCCCAGGCGUUUUGCGCACGAGCUCGUACUGCGGGAUGCAGGGCGUUUCCGAGUUCAGCAAGUGCGAAGUCUUCGUGGGCUGUUUCGAGGACAACGACAGCUUGUACGACUGGGCCGUCUGCAUGGAGCAUUCGGUGCACGCCUCGAUGCAUGGCAUGAUCGGUGGCGGCUUCGACUGCAACGUCAACAUGGCCGAGUUUCAGGAGGACAACCCGCAGUUCAGCCCAGAGCUGUUGACGUUCACUCUGCAGUUCCUGUUGGCCAACAAGUGGCCGUCGAACAGCUUGAUGGAGGACUUCAACUACUGCGACGAGGAUUGCGAUGUCGGUCAGACCGACCCGUGCGGGUGCACCUGCAUCACCGACCCUUUCGAGUGGACCGACGAUGCGAUAUAUGACUUCAUGGAAGGUGCGAUGGAAACAUUGCAACAGAGAGCACAUGGAGAUGAGUUCAUCGACGAGGACAGCAGCGCCAGACAUCCUCUCGGCUUCGCACAGGAAGGGAAACGGUUGGAUGAGGAGUCGACCAUGCUCCUGAUGCGCCAACUGAUGGUUAUCGGGUGCGAGCCCGGCAAGGUGGGAGCGAUGAGCACCGGAGCCGCGCCUCUGGACCCGAUAUUCUGGGCGCUACACGCAGGCUUCGACAAGGCGCAGCACAUCCUGCAGCUCUCACCGGGGUACAGAGAUACGUACGACUUCGCGUGGGUGGACAGCGAGAGCUGCGACGACAUGUCGGGCGGCAAGCUCGACGACUUGUACCCUUGGACAGAACGGAUGCUGGGCCUGGGCGACGGCACGGAGUUGCUGACGAACGCCGACCUGGUGGAACUCCUCCACCCGUCCAACCCUCAGCUGCCGUACGUGUACGAGGGGUUCAACAAGUGGGGCACUUGCACGGACUGGGACCCGUGUCCGGAGUGCGGCGACGGUUCUCCGGCUAGAUAGCGCCAUGAGUUCACGUGACACCGCUGUGCGUGUAUUUUUACGAAACAGCGGUAGCUGUAGGUUUUGUGGCGCGUAGGCAAGGGCACAUGCAGUUUUCUGAUUGGUCGGCAGACCCCGGGAGUUGGGGGUGGUGGCACGAGUCUUUUUGUGGCCAGCGCUGUCCUUGCGAGUCCCAAGCUUAGUGGUGGCUCUGCAGAUGAGUAUGCCCGCGGGAAGCGAA